CUCAGUACCGCUACCAGCUGCGGCGGCCGUAGCAGCGGCGCAUUCUCGCCGUGUAAAUCCAAACAAUGACUCCUACUACGGAGCGGAGGAACACGCCAGUAGAAUGCCUCUGACGGCACCGAUUUCGCCGUUAUCCCGACGCCAAACUUGAAUGCACCCGCCGUGAACAUGUGGAUGCCUACGGAACAGGAAAAAUACGGCGUCGGAGCGUCAACGCCGCUGCGAACGAGCCAAACUUAAUGCGGUUCGACCAGCCUUGCGCGCCGAGCGGAAGCGGAGAACACCUGUUAGGCCCGUCUGAGAGAGGAGGCCUCGUCGCCAUCGCCACAGCCCUCCGCGGAGUUGUGAGCGCAUUCACGGGAUCAAAAUGCAAUCACAGUUUAAAUAUGCUGGCCAGUUUCCGAGGCACCGUCCAGCACGGCCUCCCGCUGGAAAUUGGCGACACGGUGCAGAUCCUGGAGAAAUGUGAAGGCUGGUACCGAGGAUUCAUCUUGAAGAAUCCAAACGUCAAGGGUAUAUUCCCAACCGGUUACAUCCACCUGAAGAACGCCCAUGUCAAGAAUAAAGGGCAAUUCGAGACCGUCAUCCCCGUCGAGGACUCGGUCAUCACCGAGAUGACUUCGACGCUGCGAGACUGGGGGGCCAUGUGGAAGCAGCUCUACGUGAAGAACGAGGGGGAUUUGUUUCACCGGCUUUGGCAUGUGAUGAAUGAAAUCUUGGACCUGAGGAGGCAGGUGCUGGUGGGCCACCUCACCCACGACCGCAUGAGGGACGUCAAACAGCACAUCACGGCCCGAUUGGACUGGGGUAACGAACAACUGGGUUUGGACCUAGUCCCAAGACAGGAGUUCAGCAUGGUGGACCCCGAUGAAAUCAGUGUGACGGAACUCUACAGACUGAUGGAGCAUCGGCAUCGCAAGAAGGAAACGCCGACACCUGCCAGCACCCAUCACUUGUUCGUCCACGUCAAGAGUCUGAUGAGUGCAAAUCUGGGGGAGGAGCUUGAGGUCUUCUUCCACAUAUAUGACGGGCGGGAGAAUCGACCACUUAGUGAAAGGUUCUUUGUCAGGCUGAAUAAAAGUGGCUUGCCCAAGUCGCCAGAGAAGACUGAGAGACAGUGCACGCUGUUUGUGGACCUGGGGAGCAGCGAUCUACGAAAAGAUGUCUACAUUGUUGUGCACAUCAUAAGAAUAGGGAGAAUGGCCGCCGGAGAGAAGAAGAACCAGUGUAGCGUUCAGUACCGGCGUCCGUUCGGCUGCGCUGUCGUCAGCAUCGCCGAUUUGCUCACGGCCGACUCCAAGGACGACCACCUGCUCAAGGUUUAUGCAUGUAACACGGAAAGCGAGUGGUACCAAAUCCACGAAAACAUCAUCAAAAAGGCCAAUUCCAGAUAUAACCUGUCCGGAUCCAACACAGGGCUGGCAGUGGCUCUGCAGCUCCUCCACGGGGACAUCGAUCAGCUGAGACGGGAGUACAUGGUGCUCUUCACGCGUGGCGUGUCCAUCACAAGGAAACUGGGCUUCUCCGAUGUCAUCAUGCCAGGAGAGAUGAGGAAUGACCUUUACGUCAUACUGGAGAAAGGAGAGUUUGAAAAGGGUGGGAAGAGCGUUGCCAGGAAUGUGGAGAUCACCAUCUACGUGUUGGACAUUGAUGGACAAAUCCUCAAGAGUUACGUGGCCGCCGGCUCUGGUGAACCCGGCGGGGACGAGUACCACUCUUUGGUUCUGUACCACAACAACAGCCCACGCUGGGGGGAGCAGAUCAAGCUGCCCAUCCCCGUGGACAUGUUCCGGGGUUCGCACGUUCGCUUCGAGUUCCGACAUUGCUCCACUAAAGAGAAGGGAGAGAAGAAGCUGUUCGGCUACUCCUUUGUGCCCCUCAUGCAGGAGGACGGAAGGACCCUGCCAGAUGGCACCCAUGAGCUCAUUAUCCAUAAGUGUGAGGAGAACACCAGCUUGGCAGACUGCACACGCUAUCUGAAGCUGCCUUUCUCCAAGGCCAACAUCCCAUCCAACAACCAGACGCUGAAAGGCACCAAGGAGUCUUUCUGGAUCACCAGCUUCCUGUGCUCCACCAAGCUCACACAAAACGGCGAUAUGCUGGACCUGUUGAAGUGGAGAGCGCACCCGGAGCGGAUCAACGACAGCCUCUCCAAGCUGAAGGAGAUCGACGGCUCGGAGAUUGUCAAAUUUCUACAGGACACAUUGGACACACUUUUUGGUAUUCUGGAUGAAAGCUCCCAAAGAUACGGGCUCAAAGUGUUUGACUCACUGGUCCACAUCAUCAACCUUCUCCAAGACAGCAAAUUUCAGCACUUCAAGCCGGUCAUGGACACUUACAUCGAGAGCCACUUCGCAGGAGCUCUGUCAUACAGGGACCUGAUCAAAGUUCUGAAGUGGUACGUGGACCGCAUUGUGGAUGCCGAACAUCAGGAACACAUUCAGCAGGUGCUCAAGGCCAGCGAGUACAUCUUCAAGUACAUCAUCCAGUCUCGCCGCCUCUUCUCCUUGGCAACAGGAGGCCAGAAUGAGGAGGAGUUUCGCGUGUGCAUCCACGAGCUCUUCAUGUCCAUCCGCUUCUUCCUCUCGCAGGAAAGCAAGGGCACCAGUCCGGUGGCGCAAACGCAGGCAGUGUUCCUGCGAACGUUUCCGGCAGUUUACGGCGAGCUCCUGAAGAUCUUCACGAUGCGCGAGGUGGCCGGCUUCGUCCGGGAGACGCUGGGCAGCCUGCCCGCCAUCGUCCACGUGGACUGCCCGUUGGAGACCGUCAAGCUGCAGUGCCUUGCCAAAACGGUGGAAAGCCAGCUGUACAUUAACCCAGAAUCGAGGUGCAUCCUGCUGCCGGUGGUGCUGCGCAUCUUGCAAGCUCACAUGCAGGAGCAGAGAGACCUCGUCAUGUGCGCACGCAUCCUCACUAGCAUGCUGUCGCUCAUCAAGAAGGAGGAGAACGGCACCUCUGAGCCGGUGUUCUCGGAAGAAGUGGACCUGAUAGUGGCAAGCCUGCUGGGAGUUCUGCUCAGGACCAUCCUGGAAAUCAGCAACCGACCGCAGCCUGCCGGGCCUGCCAUGAGACUUCAAUUCCAGGAUGUCACUGGGGAGUUCGUGGCAUGUUUGUUGGCGCUCCUGCGACAGAUGAGUGACAGACACUACCAGCAGCUGCUGCAGGCGUUCGGCAGCAAAGACGACUUGAGGGACUUCCUCCUCCAGAUCUUUACCGUCUUCAGGAUCCUCAUCCGACCGGAGAUGUUCCCUAAAGACUGGACCGUCAUGCGACUUGUCACCAACAACGUCAUUAUCACCACCGUCCUCUACCUCUCUGACGCCCUAAGGAAAAACUUUCUCAAUGACAAGUUUGACUACAAGGUGUGGGAUUCGUAUUUCUACCUGUCAGUAUUGUUUAUCAACCAGCCCUGCCUUCAGCUGGAGUCAUUCUCGCCCUCGAAGCGGAAGAAGACUUUGGAAAAGUAUGGAGACAUGAGGGUGAUGAUGGGCUGUGAGAUCUUCAGCAUGUGGCAGAAUUUAGGGGAGCACAAGUUGAACUUCAUCCCGGCGAUGAUUGGUCCGUUCCUGGAGGUGACGCUGGUGCCGCAGCCCGACCUGAGGAAUGUCAUGAUCCCCAUCUUCCACGACAUGAUGGACUGGGAGCAGAGGCGCAGCGGAAAUUUUAAACAGGUGGAGGCAAAGCUAAUUGACAAGCUGGACAGCCUGAUGUCGGAAGGCAAAGGAGAUGAGACGUACAGGGAGCUCUUCAACAGCAUAAUUCCUCUGUUUGGUCCGUACCCUAGCCUGCUGAAGAAGAUCGAGCGAGAGACGUGGCGGGAGAGCGGCAUCUCCCUCAUCGCCACUGUCACCCGAUUAAUGGAGAGGCUGCUGGACUACAGGGACUGCAUGAAGCUGGGGGAAGUAGAUGGCAAGAAAAUAGGAUGCACCGUCAGUUUAUUGAAUUUCUACAAAACGGAAUUGAACAAGGAGGAAAUGUACAUCCGUUACAUCCACAAGCUGUACGACCUACAUCUCAAGGCGCAGAACUACACGGAGGCGUCGUACACCCUGCUGCUGUACGACGAGCUCCUAGAGUGGUCGGACAGGCCUCUGCGAGAGUUCCUCAACUACCCCAUGCAGAGCGAGUGGCAGAGGAAGGAGUUCCUGCAUCUCACAAUCGUUCAGAACUUUGACAGAGGCAAGUGUUGGGAAAACGGCAUCAUCCUGUGCCGAGAGCUGGCCGACCAGUACGAGUCCUACUAUGACUACAGGAACCUCAGCAAGAUGAGGAUGAUGGAAGCGUCGCUAUAUGACAAGAUCAUGGACCAGCAACGACUUGAGCCAGAAUUCUUCAGGGUGGGAUUCUACGGAAAGAAGUUCCCCUUUUUCUUACGGAACAAGGAGUUUGUUUGCCGUGGCCACGACUACGAGAGGCUGGAGGCCUUCCAGCAGCGGAUGCUCAACGAGUUCCCCCACGCCAUCGCCAUGCAGCACGUCAACCAGCCGGACCAGACCAUCUACCAGGCGGACGCGCAGUACUUGCAGAUCUACGCCGUGACGCCGAUCCCCGAGAGCCAGGAUGUGCUGCAGCGCGACGGCGUGCCCGACAACAUCAAGAGCUUCUACAAGUUCAAUCACAUCUGGAGGUUCCGAUACGAUCGGCCCUUUCACAAGGGAACCAAAGACAAGGAGAACGAGUUCAAGAGCCUGUGGGUGGAGAGAACGACCCUGACUCUAGUCCAGAGUCUUCCUGGCAUCUCGCGGUGGUUCGAGGUGGAUAAACGAGAGCUGGUGGAGGUGAGCCCGCUGGAGAACGCCAUCGAGGUGAUCGAGAACAAGAACUUGCAGCUGCGCACGCUGAUCGCGCAGUGUCAGAGCAGGCAGAUGCAGAACGUCAACCCCCUCACCAUGUGCCUCAACGGGGUCAUCGAUGCCGCCGUCAACGGGGGGCUGGCCCGCUACCAAGAGGCCUUUUUUGUGAAGGACUACAUGAUGAAUCACCCCGAGGAUGGGGAGAAGAUCGGGCGCCUGAGAGAACUCAUGUUUGAACAGGCGCAUAUUCUGGAAUACGGACUGGCUGUGCACGAGAAGGUCGUACCUCAGGACAUGAGGCCCCUGCACAAGAAGCUGGUGGACCAGUUCCAUUUGAUGAAAUCCAGUCUGGGCAUACAGGAGUUUCCAGCUUAUGUGCGCGCAAGCCCGGUGCACUUCACCAACGGAAGCCCGCGCACGUGCAGGAACUCGGUGCCCAGCAUCAUCAGCCCGGACGGUGGCAGAGGGGUCGCCAGACGAAGUCUCCUCAGCUACCCAGCGGUGAACCGCUACUCCUCGUCUUCGCUGUCCUCUCAGGCGUCCAACGAGGUCAGCAACAUCACGGGGCAGUCGGAGAGCUCAGAUGAAGUCUUCAACAUGCAGCCCAGUCCGUCUACCUCGAGCCUGAGCUCCAACCACUCCGCCUCGCCUAAUGUCACCAGCUCAGCGCCCUCCAGUGCCCGAGGUUCACCGCAGAUGGCCGAGAAACACAAGCACUCCAGAGAGAACGCCUGCCUGUCUCCGAGAGAGAGGCCCGUCAGUGCCAUCUUCCCCAACCCUCUGGACCCUGCGCAGAGGGCUGCUUCUCAUCAGAUUGGUGACACCACAUUACCCCGCAGUGACCCCAACCUAUCAGCUCCGGACAAAGUGCGACCCACGCCCAGUAGCUGGAGCCUAGACAGCGUCAAAGAGGGCGUGCCGUCCUUCUCUGACCCUGUCGGCAAACUGCUAUGCCCUCCCAUCCCUCCCAGGCCACCGUACACAGGCUCUUCGGCGAAAACCAUGAGGUCGCAGUCCCCCGUUCUCAUGUCCAGGUCGCCGCAAAAGGCCACUAUGCCACCCUUCACCCCGUCGCCAACCGAGUGCCAUUCGACGAGCCUGGUCUCCAACUCGCCCGUCCUCUCGGGCAGUUACAGCAGCGGCAUCUCCUCGCUCAGUCGCUGCAGCGUGUCCGAGGCGUCGGGCACCGAGUUGCCCGCCGGCGAGCAGCUCGUCCCCCUGGCGACGGCCACCACGCCCAACGCCGCCCCCGACGAGGCCGUCCGCAGAGAGAACAAGACGCCGCCGCCUUACAGCGUCUACGAGAGGAACAACCCCCGCAGACCCGUGCCGCUGCCCCACAGCCUGUCCAUCCCCCCGCAAACAGACCCCCCUGCCCUGCCCCCCAAACCUCACCAGCUGCGCACCGGCAGCAUGAAGCUGGACGGAACCUCGGACCCUCGUGUCCCCAGACCGAGGCCUCUGCCCCGGAAGGUGUCCCAGCUAUAGGGAAGACCGGAAUGUGGCGGGAAGAAACACACUGGCAUAAUUUGCACUUUUCUACUGGGCACUCAACCUUUUUGUUUUUGUUUUUGUUUUGUUUUGUUUUACUUUCAGCCUAGGAUGCUGUACCUCCAAUCCAAUAAAAGACACGUUGACAGGCAGUUUUUAAAAACUGAACAUAGUUUUUAUAUAGCUUGACUACAUGUGUUUACACUUAAAACAACAGUUUUGAUAGGUGUCAUCAUUUCAAAUUUAUGUAUAUUGGAAUAUACUGUAUGAGGAUUGUUUUUGCCUUAAUAAGUAUUGGGAACCGUGAAUCUUGCACGUUUAGUUUUUUUUCUUUUGUUACAAUUGUAUACAUUUGUACACUGUAUGGCUAAAACGGUGCUUGAGAAGGAGCAAGCACUUUGACUGAAGUGUAGUUAAAGAUCAAUAUAGUCAUAUCCACGCGAGCAAUGGUACGACAAAGGGACAUGUCCUCACGAUGACAUUUUUAGUCAAACUUUAGUGUUUUGAAGACCAGCAGCUUUUCAAGUUUCUUUCGUCAGAAGCGAAUCGUCUCCUUCACGACCCGCUGCCCUCUGUAGACUUUUUCCCCAAUCAGCUUUGCACUUUUCAAUGAAGACCUAAGCAGGAAGUUGGACCAAACAAAAAGGCAAAUAUUGGCCUUUUGCAUGCUGUAGAGCCUGGACUUGUCCUUGACUAUAUUGCAUGACCUUAAAGGGGUGGGCUACAAGUAUUGUGCCAAAGUAUAAUGCACAAUGGAACACUUUUAAUUUCGGUUUUUUUUUCCCCCCAUAAAAAAACAAAUGGUGCCACGAAGACAAGGAAAGGCUCAAAAGUGAAGACCCCAAAAGCUCUAAUCUACUGAUCAUAUAUAACUUUAAGCACAAUUCUAUGAUUCUGUCAUGAACACGACAAGUACUGUUAUGUAUUCUCUAUUGGACAAAGUAAUUGGGGCAGAGUUUCACUGUUUGCAGUAAGUUUGAAAUGCAUAAAUCCCAUGUACAGUUUGAAUGCAGAUUGUUCUUGACUGCACAAAGCAAAUGACGCCGUUUAAUGGCAUCAUAUCGUGACGAUAUUGCUCUGUGGCUAUUCCGUUCUGAUAUGUACGAUAGAGGACAUUCAGCAUCAAAUAUUCCUCAAUCAUGAGUCCUGUGAUGCAUUUUUUUUAGAAUGGGGUGGGUAGGGAGGGGAUUAGCUUUAGUAUUGUUUUAUGUCUCGGUUGUUUUAUGAGUUGUUGUGAUUUUUUUUUUUAUUAUUAUUUUUUUUUUAAUGAAAUAUUCCCAUUAAUCAGUUCUUAAGAACCUGUAAAUUAUGUGAUGAGAUUAAUGUAAGUAAGCCAAAUAUAAAAAAAAGUGUAUUGGAAUUUAUGUAAAUAAUGUUUUUAACAAAAUGUAGUUAUAACAAUUUACAGCUUUGAAUGUAAUGUUGAAGCAGCAAAUAAUUAUUAUAAAUGUGCAAACUUUCAUGGGUUUUUGUGAGUGUUGAAAAAUAAAAGGUCAUGCUUUAAUGACUCCUAACACAUUUACAAGUUCAAUAAACUGCCCAAUGUAAAUGUU